CGCAUCACGCGGGCUUCAUUUUGUUGUAAGCUCAGUGGCUAGAAGGUCUGGGAACUGUUAUCCAUACGUUGCUUGAAUUUUCGUCGUUUGCGACACAUUAACAGUCAAGAUGGUUGAAGGUGGCAUGAAAAUUGUGAAAUAUCUAGUUUUCUUCUUCAAUUUCUUAUUUUGGGUAUGUGGUCUUGCAUUGAUAGUCGUUGGUGCACUUGCCCAAGUCAAAUACUCUGAAUAUACAGACAUAACCGGUGGUUUGUUUGCGGGUCUACCGAUAUAUCUUAUUAUUAUUGGAUGCAUUAUCUCUGUUGUUGGUUUCCUGGGAUGCUGCGGAGCAAUCAAAGAAAACUAUUGUAUGAUUACAACUUUUGCUGUGAUAUUAAUUAUCAUUCUGAUACUUGAAAUUGCUGCUGUUAUUGCGGGAUACAUAUUGCAAGAUGAAAUUUAUGAUGCUGUCAAUGAAGGCCUCACAGACUCGAUGGAUGACUAUGUCGAUGAAAACCCAGCUGCAGUGGAAGCAUACGACAAUCUACAAGAAGAGUUUAAAUGCUGUGGUGCCAAUAACUACACAGAUUGGGAGUCAGCGUAUAAUGAAACAAAUGUGGUACCAGACUCCUGCUGUAAGAAUAUCACUGCAGGAUGUGGAACAGAUUAUACACUCAGUGAAAUCUGGCAAGAUGGAUGUACCGAGAAGUUGGAAGAUGCUCUCAUUGAUAAUUUUGAAAAAAUAGCUGGUGUGGCGAUUGCUAUUGCUGUUGUUGAGUUGCUUGGAAUAAUCUGUGCUUGUUGCUUGAUGAGGUCAAUCAAGAGCGAAUAUGAAGUAGUAUAAUUGCAUGAGGUCAUCACCAUGACAACAAGAUUUUUUUUUUAAACCUGCACUGUUUUAAGUUGGGAAAUUAAUCAUGAAAUUUAUAUACUUCACAUUAAGCAAAAUAAAGUGAUAUAUUGGUUGUCUUGUGAAGUGAUAAGACAACUCUCUUGUGGUCUUCCCAAAUGUUGUCUUUAAUGUGUAUCACAAGCCUCGCUAAUAAUUUCUUUCUCUAUUGUACAUGUGCCUCCAGUUUAUUGACCAUCCUGUUUUUCAUGGUUUAUUUCUCACUGAGACUUAAUGUAGACAAAACAUGCAUUAUUUGGAUGUGCUGUUCUGCAUUACUCUGAUUGAAUUCAGAUCUACAAGACUUGAUGAAUAUAAUACAGCUGCUCUGCAGGAUGGAAAGAUUUCUUGGUUUUAGAUGAAGUAGAAGAACAAAUUUUUUAAGUGCAAGCACAGAAAAAUGUUUUUACAUAUCAUUCAGUCUUAAAUGUAGUUAUAAAUUUUAAGAGCAUGAAAGUUGUCACUAGUUGUGAACUUUUUUUGAGAGAGAUUGUGAGAUUCACUGACAUUACCUGAAAUUAGAGGAUGUAUUUAAUGAUUUGGUGGUCAAUAGACUAUUUGAUUGGGUAACUUUGGGUGAAUGGAUACCAAAUGGUAGUUCAAAAGUGAUUUGUCCUAUUAUAACCAUUUCACUGCCAUUGUCAAACUGUCUCCCUCCACAAAAAGUAUUCAUUUUAAAGAUUGGAAUAAAAUAUUGAUCAAAAUGUGAACUACCGGUAAAGCUGAAUUUAAAACAAAAAUGUAGCAAAAUUUCGAUGACACUUUGGCGUGAACAAUCAGCAGUGAAAACGGUUAUAGGAUUUUCUGUUCUGUACUUCAUUGAAAAAUUUAUGCAUGGUACCAGGACUCGAUUCAAUUUAAACAGAAUUGAAACGAGGGGGGAAAAAAAACCAGUGUUUUUGCAUAGAUAAAUUUUGAAAAAGAACUUGUUUUAAAAUGAAAUGUAAUUCUUGAAGUAAUCAUGUCACAAUUUUUUAUUAUGUCACUUGACUUCUUCCACAAUUUCCACUUUUUAUUACGUUGUACCCAGCAUGCUGUACUUGUACAAGGCUGACACGCUGGCUUGUCUCGUUUCGUUUUCUGAUCAAUUGAGAGAAAAAUGUUAGUGUAUUGUUAGAUUUGUAUUAAUAUUAAUGUGGUUGUUGGGUGGUGCUACAUUUGUCAUAGAGGGCGUACUUUCCUUUCAUAGUUUAAUUCCGUUGAACAAUAACAUAACUGCUUCAUAGAAUAUCGUAUUUCAUAUACGGUAGCUCAGUUUUCGUGACGCAGGAUCAACGAUAAAUAUAAUAGACUGCUCCUAGUUAUUAACCAGACAACUUGCUAUACCCACCCAUUUGUUACCAAUAUAAUCGUUUAAAUUUUAGAAUUAACUAUCUUAGCACUUCUUUUUUUUACUGUGUAGCUAGCUAUUAUGACUAGGCAAAUUAACUUAUUGUCUGCAGGUCGCUUGUUUUUAUAUUUGAGGUGGCUGUACCGGAUAUAAGAUUUAUUGCUCUGACAUGCUUCUAUUUAUAACUAGUGCAAACGUAUUACAUCUUUUAUAAUAUUGCAUAUUGUCAUACACCAUGCUUAGUCUGAAAUUUUUUUUAGAGUUUCCAAAAAUGAUUAAGAAUAGCUUGAGUAAAUGGUAAAAUCAUACUACUAGAUUUCUGUACAAAAAGCGUAAACCUGCUCUUGGUCUCGGCAUCACAAUUUUUUGGAGGAAUCUCUUUUGACGUAUGAAUUUAAAACAUGUUUACACAAAAAUUGAACAUGCGCUGCACACUGGUCAUAUGCUUCAGUCGAUGUGCAGCAAACAUUGACACUGUAUAUACUGCAUAGAUUGUACGUCACAUGGGACUGAUAUCAAACCUGACAUAUGGUGAUGAAUUUGACACUUGAGAAAUGUGCCAAGCAAAAUGUCUGUUCAACAUUGAGACAAAUUUACUACAUCUCUCACAGAUAUAUAGACUGAAAUAUUUUUUUCUUUAUUCAUGAAUAUGCACGAUUCAUAAUCUACAAAUUAUGCUGUAUAAUUCCAAGGUUUAAACAAUUUAUAUAAAUACGAAUGUGUAAUUAUUCAUCAAUGUGUUGAUAAGAAUAGUCAAGUGCCAUCUGCUUUUUUCUUGCUAAUUUUUUUCACACAUUUAACCCAAGUAAUGUAUCCUGAGCCAAACUGACAUUUAUUUUAUCAGAUAAAUUUAUAUGGAAUAAAAUGGUGAUCAUGUGUUCCAUGUGCACAGACUGCUGGAAAACUACUCUCAAUUCAUUUCCAAGCUAUUUGCAUAGUGUUGACCUUGUUACAUGACACAUCGCCAUGCAUUUCCAUUUAUUACCACAAUAAUUUUACUCGGUAUCACAUGCAUUAAAAAAAAUAUGAAAAAUUAGCAACAAAAACACUGCUUGUGCACCUUUAACCAAUUUGUAAAGAUUCUGCAUAUGCACCAGUGAUUUCAUAAACCUGUUAAGAAAAACUAUUGUUGAAAUUUUCAUUACUUUUUAUCUUUUUCCAAAUUUUACAAACUUGAUUUACAUGAUAUCAGAAUAUUAUCGAUUUAGAAAGAUGAUUCAGUAUUAAUCUUAGUAUUGCUGGUAUAUUCUGUAGUAUACUUUGAAGGCUCAAAUUUAUAGAUAGCGCCCUCUUUGACCAUACUCUCAAUAGAGGGUGCUCUUUUAACAUUACUGUGAAGAUGAUUUUAUGAUCAUGGAGCUUAGAUUAGACUAAAUUAACUUGUAUAUCUCUAUUUCAAAUAAAAAUAAUUUUUCAAUCGUG